ACCUUGACGCGGCGGUCAAUGUUGAUAGCUGAGGGGGCCGUGUGAUGGUAAGCUGGCAAUUGGACAAAUCGGCAUUGCAACGAAGCGCUCUUCUCUCCCUUCCAAGCAAUCUUCCUCUCCUUCCUUCUUUAUAUUUAUAUUUAUAUUUAUAUUUAUUAUUCAUUCAUUCAUUCCGUCAUUCUUUCUUUUCGUUUCUUUCUUUCAUUUCCUCCCCCCAUUUCUACGGGAACGUUAGCUAGGGUUUCUCCCACUCCGAUCGAUCGAGCAAUCGCGCGCAGUACUCACCAAUCGCAGCACAGACCUCCAUUUUCUACCAUGAAUCCUGAAUAUGAUUAUCUUUUCAAGCUUUUGCUUAUUGGAGAUUCAGGUGUUGGGAAGUCAUGCCUUCUCUUGAGAUUUGCGGAUGAUUCUUAUGUGGAAAGCUACAUCAGUACAAUUGGUGUUGAUUUUAAAAUUCGUACAGUUGAGCAGGAUGGGAAGACUAUUAAACUCCAAAUUUGGGAUACUGCUGGGCAAGAACGUUUCCGGACUAUUACAAGCAGUUAUUACCGUGGUGCACAUGGGAUUAUUGUUGUGUAUGAUGUGACAGACCAAGAAAGCUUCAACAAUGUCAAGCAAUGGCUGAAUGAAAUUGACCGAUAUGCUAGUGAAAAUGUAAAUAAGCUUUUGGUUGGAAACAAAUGUGACUUGACUGCUAAUAAAGUUGUUUCGUAUGAAACUGCAAAGGCAUUUGCAGAUGAGAUUGGGAUUCCUUUCUUGGAAACAAGUGCCAAAAGCUCUACUAAUGUCGAGGAGGCAUUUAUGACAAUGGCAGCCGAGAUAAAGAACCGAAUGGCAAGCCAACCUGCACUAAAUCCAAAUAGGCCUGCAACUGUGCAAAUGCGGGGGCAGCCAGUGGCUCAAAAGACUAGUUGCUGCUCAUCCUGAUUUGGUUUCCCCCAAAGUGGAUUCUGCAUUUUGCUCUGAUGGGAAUUCAUCUCCGAGGCUGGAAGAUUGCGGAAAGGUAGGUGGCGAACUGGGUAGGUCAAAUGGGUCAUACAUUUUAUUGUGUGUAUAUAUAUAAACGAAGCAGAAAGACCUAGCACCACACAUAUUUAGUGCGUUGCGUUGGGUACAGACUCUCAAGCUCUGGUUGGACGUUGGAUUUACAUUUCAUGUUUUUAUUGUCUAGUCUGGAUUGAUAUGUGAUUUUCCUUCAAUUGUUAAUCAAGUUUUUCUUGUUUGUGCUCA